CCGCCUCACGCGCGAUACAAACGAAGCAGCCACCGGAACACGAGAAGAACCAGCGACCCCGCGAGGAACACGCUCGGACCCAAAUGGCUCUUUUCCCCGCGUCUCUGAGUUGGACCGCCGCGUGCCUCCUCCUUUUGGUUUUGAUAUUGUGUCUUGGUUACUGCCUGUAUGUGCAGCACAUCCACAUGAAGUAUGACCACAUACCUGGGCCACCGAGGGACAGUUUUCUCUUCGGACAUUCAGCAACCUACGCGAGGGCGAUGCGGGAUGGCGACAUCAUACACGACAGGUUCCUGGAAUGGUAACUCAAAGCAAAAGCGAUGGAUGCAUAUUGGACAGGUAUAAGUGAUAUAACGUCAUUAUGAGGCCCCUCGGUGGCACCUGAAUGUUUCCUGCGAACGGCCCUUGUAUUGACAAUUGUAUCAGGGCUGAGAAGUACGGGCCCGUCUGCAGGCAAAACUUCCUGCAUUAUGUCGUCAUCCUCGUGAGCUGCCCAGAGGGAACAAAGGAGAUCCUGAUGUCCCAAAAGUAUCCCAAGGACCGAUUUUUCUACCGAAAAAUCUUCAACCUGUUUGGUCAAAGGUUCCUAGGUAACGGCCUGGUUACAGCACAGGACCAUGAGCAGUGGUACAAACAGCGCCGGAUCAUGGACCCCGCAUUUAGUAGUUUGUAUUUGCGAGGGCUGAUCGGCACCUUCAAUGAGAGAGUAGAGAGACUGAUGUCUAAACUGUCGGACGUCGCGGAUAACCAGACGGAGGCCGGCAUGCUCCAGCUCGUCAACUUUCUCACCCUCGAUGUCAUUGCUAAGGUCGCUUUCGGGGUGGAUCUGGACCUGCUUAAGGAUCGGUCACGUUUCCCCAAAGCUGUCCAGACAUGUCUGAAAGGGAUGGUCUUCUCCGUCCGAGACAACUUCUUCGCCUACAACCCAAAGAACAGAUCGUUCAUCGAAGAUGUGAGGGAAGCUUGCCGACUGCUGCGCACAACUGGAGCUCAGUGGAUCAAGGACAGAAAGACGGCCAUGGAGAGCGGAGACGACGUCCCCAACGACAUCCUCACCCAGAUCAUCAAAUCCGCUGUCAAAGAGGAAAUCAUGACUGAAGAAGACGAAGAGUUAAUGUUGGACAAUUUCAUGACGUUUUUCAUUGCGGGCCACGAAACAACAGCUAAUCUACUGGCUUUUUGCAUCAUGGAACUGACAAGACUGCCUGAUGUUCUGGAGAAAGUGAAGAAAGAGGUGGAUGAUGUCAUCGGGAUGAAACAGGACAUCACUUGUGACGAUCUGGGAAAACUGGUCUACCUCUCACAGGUCCUUAAAGAGACUCUGAGGAUUUACCCAACGGCUCCAGGCACCUCUCGGGAUGUACUGCAGGACAUUGUGAUUGACGGGAUCCACAUACCCGGUGGAGUCACAUGUUUUUUCAGUUCCUAUGUGACUGGGAGAAUGGAUAAAUUCUUCAAGGACCCGCUGACCUUUGACCCGGACAGAUUUCACCCAGAUGCUCCCAAGCCUUAUUUCUGCUACUACCCCUUUGCCCUCGGCCCACGGGCGUGCCUUGGCAAGAACUUUGCUCAGAUGGAGGCUAAAGUGUUUAUGGCCAAGCUGGUCCAGAGGUUUGACUUCAGUCUUUUGCCUGGACAGACCUUUGACCUUGAGGACUGCGGCACGCUCAGGCCAAAGAGUGGAGUUGUGUGUUCAGUCAGACACAGGGAUCACAACAAAUAGGUGGUCAAAUACCCUUCAUUUUUAUUAAAAGCACGUUCCAUAAGGGUUCAUGUGGUGAAAUUGGGGAUCUUCAGUUGCUUGGAAUAGCCUUCGACUAGGCUACAUUUUCUGCUGCCUUAUGCUGUACAGUUGUGGAUAGGAUCAGGUGCACUUGUUUUAGUAACGUAAAACAAUAGAGUAUAAAGUGUUCAAACGUAUAUCCACAAAUCAGUGGUGAAGAUGAUGAUUAUGCCUAAUAAUGAGGAGGGAAUGGGAAAUUUACAAUAACAACUUCUUGAGAAUCAGAAGCACAUUAAUUGAACUAAGACAUUAUACCUAUAUAUGUGUAAACACUUUUUACAACGCCUUUACCACGAAUAUUUCUUCAUUUCACAUUAGAUUAUGAGAAAUGUGUAAUCUGCUAUUAUUUACACUUAAAUAAACUAAAUAUAAUCAAUUCAA